AUGCUCGAAGCAAAAUUAGCGGAAGCUGGCACCCUCAAGAAGUUGCUCGAUGCAAUCAAAGAACUGGUAACCGAUGCCAACUUUGAGUGCAAUGAGGAGGGUAUCAACCUUCAAGCCAUGGACAACUCCCAUGUUGCUCUCGUAGCAGUCCAUUUGGAAGCUGCGGGGUUUAAGCGUUACCGUUGUGAUCGCCCUAUGCCCUUGGGCGUGAACCUGACCUCCCUCACAAAGGUUCUCAAGUGUGCCAAGGACGAUGACAUUACCACCCUCAAGGCUGCAGACGAGGCCGAUGUGCUUAAUCUUGUCUAUGAGGCCAAGAACUCCGAUCGCAUAGCAGAAUACGAUAUGAAGCUAAUGGAUAUUGACUCUGACACCCUUGGAAUUCCAGACACCGAGUACGACGCGCGGGUCACCAUGCCUUCAGCUGAAUUUACUCGCGUUGUUCGAGAUCUUUCACAGCUGGGCGAAUCUGUACGAAUCGAAGUGUCCAAAGAAGGCGUGAGGUUCGCUAGUGAGGGGGAAGCCGCCAAUGGGAGCGUGCUGAUGAAGCAAACCGACGAUGACGAGGAUACACAAGCUAUAACAAUCGAAAUGAAUCAGCAUGUCUCGCUCACGUUCUCCCUGAAGUAUCUGGUGAACUUUUCAAAGAGCGCUAGCCUGUGUCCCAGAGUUCAAUUGAUGAUGAGUAAUGAUGUACCACUGUUGGUGGCUUAUGAUUUUGGACAAGGCUAUAUCCGGUACUACCUCGCCCCCAAGAUUGGGGAUGACUAG